AUGUUCGAUUUAAGUCUACAAAGGGAGUACAAGCCACGCCACACGGCUCUGGACAAGGUCUACUUGCCGGAAUGGGAUGAAAUCUGCGUAACUGUUCCAAAGCGGUUCGAGAGGGUGAUUCUGUUACAGCUUACUAAACCCUUCAAGAAUGAGUUGUGGCUACUUCUAGUUGUCUUGUUCGUUUUCAGACUCUGGUUGAGAAGAUUCAAAAUACGCAUGGUAAUACUGGCUUUUUCAAUAAUGGAUUUUCUUCUAAUUGAAGGGUAUUUGGUCAAGGUGAUUCAAUUUCUUACCAACCUGCAGUAUGCUCCGGAUCCAAGUACUAUGGCUGAGUUGAUCGAAAGAGGGGAGAUAUUUGCGGCACUCCCAUUAGAACAACAAGCUUUAAAUGGAUUUGGAAAAGUAAACUUUUUUCAGAUGAGCCAAGAUAAGGGACACUAUUUGAUGAAGUAUGCAACUGUUCAUUUCUGCAAAACCGCUCAAAUGUUUGAGCAUAGCUCGUACAACAUAAAUCCAGCUACCAACGACAAGUUGUUUUUCACCCUGAAGGAGCGAUUGAUGCCGUUUCCGAACUACUACGAAUUUGCGAAAAAUCAUCCGCUGAGGGAGCUAUUUGAACAGCAUCUACGAUCUGUGUUCGAGUCUGGCAUUUGGCGAAAGAUCUAUGACUAUUACGUUUCCAAGGAGGAGCGAUUCAAGACGUUUCUGGCACCCAACGAAUACCCGAUUGGUUUUAAAGAUCUUGGGUCAUUGUGGAUCAUGCUUGCGCUUGGAUUUAUUGUCAGCGUUUUAUGCUUUUUGAUUGAAUAUUUUUGAAAAUAACUUGAGACACGAAUCCAAAAUUGAUUUAUUUUUAAAAU